GUCUGUUUGCAAUGACAGAGCAAAGAUUAGCCCUCCAUGGGAAGCCUCAAGUUAACUGGUUAAUGUGCCCAACGUGUAGACAGCAUACUGACUGCAGAAAUAUUGCUUAUGCUGAUGACAGUCAGAAUAAGUCAUAUCCAUCUUCUUCAAUAGCCUCUGAGAAUUCUGAAGCAUCUGUAAAUGUCCGAGGUUCAUAUAGCACAAAGAUUGAAGCUGUCACCAGGAGAAUUUUAUGGAUCACUUCCUCGAACCUAGCAGCAAAGGUUCUAGUCUUUAGCAGUUGGAAUGACGUGCUUGAUGUGUUAGAGCAUGCGUUUGCAGCUAACAACAUAACUUUUGUGCGGAUGAAAGGAGGAAGGAAAGCACAUGUUGCCAUCAGCCAAUUCAGAGGCCUUAACAGCAAUGUCAAAGAAACUGGCAAGAGACAUGCAGGGCAACCAGAAACCAGAUCCAUUCAAGUAUUGUUGCUCCUAAUCCAACAUGGAGCCAAUGGCCUCAAUCUUCUGGAAGCCCAGCAUGUUAUACUUGUCGAACCACUGCUGAAUCCUGCAGCAGAAGCACAAGCCAUUGGCAGGGUGCAUCGAAUUGGGCAGGCACAUAAGACUCUUGUUCAUCGUUUUAUAGUGAAAGACACAGUUGAGGAGAGCUUAUAUAAGUUGAAUAGGAGCAGGAAUAUCGGUUCAUUUGUUAGUGGCAACAGAAAGAAUCAAGAUCAGCCCAUUUUGACACUAAGAGAUGUUGAAUCCUUAUUCAGGGUGGCACCUUCCACUGAUGAAAAGGCAACUGGGAGCUUGACGCAUUUGCCACCUUCUGUUGCUGCUGCUAUAGCUGCUGAGAGGAGGCUUAGUGAACGGACAUCUUGUCAAGAGCCACCAGAGCACUGUUGAAUUUACAAAAAUUGUGCUGUUAAGGAACAACUAGGAGUCCGCGCCAUGAUUCUCUUUCAGUCUUAUUUCGAUGUGUAUCCCCAUGCAGGACCGGAAUAAAGGAUUCAUUGAUUAUCAUGACAUCCAUUAGCAGCCAAAGCAGUGGAAUGUGCUGGAGAGAGUGACUGUUGCUGCUGGCAAAUUUCCAGUAGUCAGCUCAUUUGUCAUGAUUAUCUUGUAUAUAGUGAUUUCCUUGAUUCUCUGUACAGUCUGUGUGUAAUAAUCGCUUAGCACACCAGGUAUAACAGUUAGAUUUUGUAGUAUAUGUUUUUCGACCAGUCUAUAGAGCAGUGUCAUUUUUAUGUUGAACUCUCUUUUUCCUC